AUGUAUUCGAAUCUCUGGAAUUUUACACUCUCUUCAACCAGCACCGUGUUUGAUCGUCGUGACUUCAUCACUGAGGCAUGUUACAUGAAGCAAUUCCAGAGUUUCCACAUAGUACGUCUCUUCGGUAUAGUGAGCAAAUGCACCCCCUCGUCGGCUGUUGGCGUUGCGGCCCGCACAUUUCGUAGUGCUGGAGCUGCUGGAAGCAGCAAUGGGAGUGGUGGAGCGGUAGUUGGUAGUGCCGGCAUCAACAACUCGGGUGCCAGUGCUUCUGCUGGUUCCUCUGGUUUUCCACACACCAAAUUCCACUUCUCGCUAUGUCAACUAUUCUCUGGGGGCGGUGUUGGAGGCUUUUGCCGUCGACGUAAUCGUCGUCCAAAUCGUCAGGCAGUGCCCGUACCCGUGAAAAAGAAACCGUUCGCUCUUAUGGGAGAAGAGACGACUAGUUCUACACUCUAUAGAAAUGGAGAUUCCUCCCUUAAUAGGUCUUUCAAGUCAAACUCGAAUAUUGGCGAUGAGCAGACAGUUGGAAAUGGAACUUGUGGGGAUACAGAAGAUCACCCUGCCGGACGUGAUCGCUUGAGAAGUGGCCGAUUUGGCAACACGCCCUUUUCUCGUCUACUAAGAAGAGCUCAGAAAGAUGGAUCUACUGAUGUCACUCAAAAAACCGGUAAUAACUUAGAUAUUCUGUAA